AUGGAAUGCGAAGAAGAAGAUCCCAACACGCAAACCGAUCCCAAAAUGCAAUCAUCAGCCUCCGCUGCCAACAACCCGGAUCCUGAAAUAUCAGCGCUUAUUGCUGAUAGCUUGAAGCAGCAGGCAGCUCAGUUCGAAGCCAUCAUCGCCGGCCUUCGAGACCAAUUCAAAGACCUCGGUGGAUCAUCUUCGCGCAGCAAGUCAACUCCUAAAGCGUCGACCCAGAACGUCACUCCAGAUACGUCCUCCAAAAGAGACCGUUUGAGCCAGUCUACAUCAUCUCAAAACCCUUAUUCGACCCCGACCUCGUCCUCCAAAAAGGCACCUCGUAAAUCUAAGACUCCGGUUCCGAUGCCAUCUAAACCAGUCACUCCUCCAGUGCGUCGCCGCCAUGCCCUUCAGUUAUUAUCGGGCGAGAUGCCAAGUGAUUUCAAAAGUACUAAGGAAGCCCUUUUUGUUCAUAUCAAGGUUAUGUGGGGGUUGUUCAAGGCAAACGAUGUGCCUUCCCCUGUAGAGCCAAGCCUACUCAAAGAGUUCUACGCACGAUUCUCCAAACCGGAGCAGAUUGAAGCUGUGCUGGUUGAUCCUGCAAGUGUUGAUCUCGUCGCUCAAAACGAUAUACUUACCUUGAGGUCGUUACGCAGUGGAAGUGGUAAGAUUGGUCGUGGAAUGGCUAACCUGGAUCAGGGUUACAUUCUUUACAUCCACGGUGUCUUAGCCAAAGUCGGCAUCCGUCUGAUGGCCACCGGGGCUUACAACUACAUGAAUGUCAAUUUAGAACAUGUGAACUCAAUGUCUCGCUUCAUCGCGGCUUACAAUCACUACGUGCAUUACUGGAUGGCCGGCAAGUUUAAGUCCGAGCUCAAAACCCCUGGUCGCGCCGACAGCGAAAGUGCCAGGAAGGUUAUACAGAAACAUCGUGAACGUCUUAAAAAGGCACGCGUCCUAUUUCUGAAUGAUCACCGCGGCAAAUAUCCUCCUCGUUACAAAGCUAUCUGUGAAAAUAUCCUGUCUCACAGCGACGAUGAGCAAGAGCCAGGCAAAAACUACCUUACUAUCAAGACGCUGGAGUACCGAUCAAAAAAUGCCUCGAAGUUCAUGAGACGACUAGAUAUCGAAAUGCAGAAGGCUGCGCAAGUUGCUGGCAAGGCGAGCCCCCACCUCGAACGUCGACUGCCAAAAGUGCCCGUUCCAUCAUCAUUUACCCGCGCUCCUCGAGACUUACCAAUUGACUUUUACAAAGCCAAUUGGUUUAACAAACUUCCCUCUGGUCAGAAGCGACUCAUUCCCGAUGCGACUCAGGUUGCGUUUUUACCGGACGCGUCUCAAUCUCUGUUUCCUUCUCCUCAGACCCAUCCUGAUGAACGAUUAUCUGACAAAUUGUUCACAGCCAAAUACCUCAAUGUAUACUUACCAUCCUAUGAAUUGUAUGACGAAGAUCAAGUUGAUGAAGAGAGCGAGGAAGGAUCAGAUGUAGAAUCAGUGGUUGAUCGUGAAAAUGUCAAGAUGAACGAACCCGAAGAAUCCGAUUCAGAAUUCUAUGAUGAAGGGGAUUUUGGUGAUCUUUAUGAGGAUACUGAUGAGGAGGUGGAUGAAGGCAAGGGGAAAGGGAAAGCGAAGGAAAAGGAAACUAUUGAUAUUGACUCGGAUUGA